AAGCAAAAACUUCGAAUUGAAAUCAACAACACUUCUAAGAACCAGUGCCCUACCCAACUCGAAGCGAAGAUGGCGUCACUCGACUCCGACGUGAACAUGGUUCCGGCCGGCGAAGGAUCCUCCGGUGCCGGGACCUCCAACACCAACCCGUCGUCCUCGUCGUCGGCAAAGAAAGCGAAGCGAUUCGAGAUCAAGAAGUGGAAUGCCGUCGCUCUGUGGGCUUGGGGUAUCGUGUUGAAAUCGCCACUUUUAGCUCUCUGA